AUGAAUCCAUCUUCUCCAAUACGCUCUCCACAAAGCUCUCCUACUUCAAACCCGCAAUCAGGCACUCUCAGCCAUCGUCCAAGCCCGCGCCUGCCCCAGAACCCAGGCACACCAGCGAGCAACUCCGCAAACCCACCAAUUCCAGAUGAUAACCAUGGUGCCGAUCUACCGAUGAAUAUGUCAGCAUCGGUCAUGCUGACAAAUUUACCUCGCGAUGCGCACCAGGCACUCGCGGAUGUGGAGAGUAUUGAUUCGGGGAAAGUUACUGUUCGCUUCCAGCCUCUUCCAUCAGCGCCGAUCCUGAAAAAUCGGGUGUUCAAGGUCAGCGCUUCGCAGAAAUUUGAGACGGUUGUCAAGUUUCUGCGCAAGAAGCUCGAUUGCAAAGAGACCGAUUCUGUCUUUUGUUAUGUUAAUAGUGUAUUUGCGCCUGGGCUGGAUGAAGGUAUGGGCGGGCUAUGGAGGUGUUUCAAAACGGACGAUCAAUUGAUCGUCGCUUAUUCAAUGACGCCAGCAUUCGGCUGA